AUUAGAAUGAUAUUAGAUGUAAAUAUUCGAAUGUUUGGAGUUGGAUUUUGUGAAUUUUGAUUAGGAAAAAAUAAAGGAGUUUAGAAUAGAGAGAUGAUUCUAAAUAUGAAUAAUAAAAAGAAAAUGAGUAUUACAUAUUAAUAUUAAAAUGUCUGAUAAAUAAAAAGAAUAUAAGGCUUGCUGGUAGUAAGCAGUAGAUGCAGCAGAGAAAGAAUUAGAAUAGAUUUAUAGUUAGUUCAUAUAGUGUGAUUAUGAAUUAUAAAAAGAGAAUUCAUAAAAUAAGAAUGAAUAGGAGUAAUGAGGUCGAUUUAAUAAUAGGAUAAGAGAUUAGGAUUAGAAUGAACGAUAUGGUUUAGAUAAUAACAGCGAUGGAGAAGAGGACUAAUAAGAUUAGAUAGGGUAAUAAUCAAAUAUAGCAACAUCAACAACAAAGGAAGAUUUUGUAGUGAAUUAAGAGAUUAAAAGGGAAUUAAUAAGAGAAGUACCAUUUAAAGAUGAAAUUCUAUAUAUAUACAGAAUAAACUAUUAGAAUGGAGAUAUUUAUGAAGGAGAGUUAUUAAAUGAUUUAAAAGAUGGAUUAGGUACUUAUUAUUAUGAGAAUGGUGAAAAAUAUGAUGGAUUAUUUUCUGAUGAUCUUAUUCAUGGUUAUGGAAAAUAUUAUUUUAUUGGAGGUCAUAAAUAUGAAGGAGAUUGGUAUUAAGGUGAGAAAUCUGGAAUGGGUAUUUUAGAUUUUAGUACAGGAGAUAGAUAUAUAGGAGAAUUUUACAAAGAUGCAUUUGAUGGCGAUGGUAAAUUUAUAUAUAUAUGAGUAAUAAAUAGGAACUUUAGAAUAUAAAAAUGGAGAUGUGUUUAAAGGGAAAUGGAAAAAAGGAAAAAAGAAUGGAAAUGGAGAAAUGAGAUAUAAAGAUAAAAGAAUUGUUAUAGGGGAAUGGAUUGAUGAUGAAUUAUAAUAAUUUUGA